CGGGACACUUCAACAACAACAGUUAGCCACCUCGCCGAGAUGUUCAAGGUCUUUAUAAUGUUUCGGUGUAUAUUAGCCAUUGUGUGUUAAACACACGUCUACCAGUUACCCAAUUGAAUUUCAAAUGUACGUUGUUAGCUAGCUGGCUGGUUAAAUUAGCCUAUCACUAGUCUAAUCGCUAAUGCUAACUAGCUAAUUAGCUAGCUAACUUCCUCGACCAUGAGCACACAAAGAUACUGCCCCCAUACUAAAGAAGAGGCGAUCUGGUGGAUGGAGAAACAAACUCUCGUGAAAGAGGAGAAGGAAGAAGAUGAUGUCGCAGUUAAAAGAGAAGUAGAGGGUGAGGCUGUUACUGUGAAAGAAGAAGAAACUGUUAAAAGAGAAGUAGAGGGUGAGGCUGUUACUGUGAAAGAAGAAGAGACUGUUAAAAUAGAAGUAGAGGGUGAUGCUGUUACUGUGAACGAAGAAGAGACUGUUAAAAGAGAAGUAGAGGGUGAGGCUGUUACUGUGAAAGAAGAAGAGAUGGACGUUAGAGUGAAAGAGGAGGGGGAUGUUACCAAAGGUUUGUAUAUCUGUGAUGUAAAAGAAGAGGAGGGAGAGGAGGAGGAUGCAGUUUUUGGAGUGGAGGGAGAGAUAACUGUCACAUUGAAAGAAGAAGAAGAAGAAGAGGAGGAGGCAGGAGAUCUGAUUAACACCAGAGAAAGACCACACUCUCACAACGGGAAGAGUCCAUCAGGGGAACCAGACCCAGAGAUGCCAAAUCCAGCCAGACGACCCCACUGCUCCCAGUCUGGAAAGCAUUUUACCAAGUUACAGAACCUAAAACAGCAUGAGAGGACACACAAAGGAGAAAAGCCUUUUCAAUGCUUUCAGUGUGAAAAAAGAUUUUCAUGUUCACAGGAUUUUAAAAAGCAUGAGAGGACACACACAGGAGAAAAGCCCUUCCAAUGCUCCCAGUGUGGAAAGGGUUUUAACCGGUUAGGGAACCUGAAAGAACAUACAAUAAUACACACAGGAAAGAAGCCUCACCACUGCUCCCAGUGUGGAAAGAGUUUUAACCGUUUAGGGAAUCUGAAAAAGCAUGAGCGAAUACACUCUGGAGUGAAGCCUUACCAGUGUUCCUAUUGUGGAAAGAAUUUUACUCAGUUAGAGAACCUGAAGGAACAUGAAAGGACACAUACAGGGGAGAAACCCCACUAUUGCUCUCAGUGCGGAAAGGCUUUUACCACGUCACGAAACCUUAAAGAGCAUAAGACGAAACACACAGGAGAAAAGCCUUUCCACUGCUCUCUGUGUGGAAAUAAUUUUACCCAUUUAGGGAACCUGAAGAAACAUGAGAGAAUACACUCUGGAGAUAAGCCAUACCCCUGUUCCCACUGUGGAAGGAGUUUUAGGUGGUUAGGGACCUUAAAGCAACAUGAGAGAAUACACACAGGAGAGAAGCCUUUCCAAUGUUCCCAGUGUGGAAAGGGUUUUACCCAGUUAGGUAACCUAAAAGUUCAUGAGAGGACACACUCAGGAGAAAAGCCUUUCCAAUGUUCCCAGUGUGGAAAGAGCUUUACUGUGUUAGAGAGCCUAAAAGAGCAUAAGAGAAUACACACAGGAGAAAAGCCCUACCAAUGCUCCUACUGUGGAAAGAGUUUUAGGGGGUUAGGGAACCAGAAAAAACAUGAGAGGACACACACAGGAGAAAAUCCUUACUAAUGUUCUCAAUGUGGAAAGAGUUUUAACCAGUUAAGCAUCUGAAAUCACAUGAAAUAAAACAUUUAGGAGAGAAGCCUUUCCACUGCUCUCAUUGUGUAAAGACAUUUUAGUUCCAGGGCUAUGAUUUCCGCAUAUUUACAAUUUCGGACAUUUGGCCCAUAGACUUGGCUGUAACUUGGAGAGGGUGGAGCUUUUGGUUCCGGUUCCGAUCCCAGUUCUAUCUCGUCUCUUAACACGUAUGGAUCCAGAACUUCAUCAAGUGUUACCAACCCAGUAUCUAACCCACGGAUGUUAUUGCACUCGCUUUGUCUAGGGGUCCUAAGCCUAGUUACAUGGUCUGUAACCUGAAUGAAUGUAUGCAUUGAUGUGAGAGAUCAGUUCAUGGACCUAGGUGUUGAAUUCCCGGGGAGACGGCAGCCUUACCUUGGUCCAGGGCCAGCUCUCUUGACCUCUUGGUCGGCCAGUCCAAGCAGACAAUUAUUUGUUUAGAUGGUGACGAAACAUAAAUAUGAUGACCAAAAUCAUCAUCGGCAAAGUCUUCACCACCAUUAACCUCACAUUACCAUCAUCGCCAUGUUAUGACAACCAAGGACAAUGAUAGCAGUUCCAGAUCAGACUAGCCUACCUCCUCCUCUUCCCUGUAUUCAAAGGGCUGUAAGGUUAAAGAAGUGUUUGUACCAGGUCUGGACAGAGGGAAGUCCAUCCUGUCUGACUGUGCCCUUUACACCAGGGGUUCUUCAACCUUUUUCAGCCUGGGACCCUAAUUAAAAAUUCGGUGUUUUCCUGGGACCCCAAGCUUGUAAAAAAUAUGCAACUAUGUGUAAAUAUGUGUGUAAAUGUUGGUUCAUUUCAUUGCCCUUAUGCCUAAAACAAAUGCAAUAUAAACAAAAAACAUACAACAAUGAAAUUAAAUACCCAUAUAAAGCCUA